UGGGGCAACAACAGCCAUACAAAACGCGAGAAACUGGGACCCAAGAAAGUCAAGGUCAACGACGCCAAAACGCUCCACAGCUGCAUUCCAGCUGUUUGCUCUUUACAUCCCUUGCAGCAACACGUCGUGAAUAUGGCUCUCGCACGGUCGGCCAGUGGCCCGGGUGGGCUCAGCAUCAAUACGGGAUCGGCCAAUCUCUUUGGUAGUAACACCGGCCAGCAGUCCCAAGCCCAAGGGGGAGGUGGACUCUUUGGAACGGCGACUUCCCAGCCCGCCCAAGCAGCCUCUUCGCAGCCGGCUGGAUCCCUCUUCGGCUCGACAGCCGCUCAAACUCCCGCUUCGCAACCCCAACAAGCCGGUGGUCUGUUCGGGCAGACGGCGGCAACCACCCAACCACAGCAGGCGGGCGGCUUGUUUGGAGCGACGGCAAAUGAGAAACCUGCACAACCUCAACAACAGUCGACGGGAGGGCUCUUCGGGGGGACAAACACUGCACAGCCAGCACAAACCGGAGGGGGGCUCUUUGGCGGCGCGACACAGACACAGCAACCGCAGCAGCAACAGCAGCCGGGCGGAUUGUUCGGUGGCGGGGGUACACAACAGCAGCAACCUCAACAGCAGCAACAACAACAGCAGCAGCAGCAGCAGCAACAACAGCAGCCGGGCGGACUCUUCGCAGGUUCAACUGCGAACACAGGGGGCAUGUUUGGACCCAGGCCGGCGGCGGCGAGCCAAGGUGGUGGGUUGUUUGGUCAACCCCAAUCCCAACCGCAGCAACAACCAGCCGGGCUCACCCUGGGCCAAUCCACCGCACAGCAACAAACGGUGCCGGGGGUGCGGAUCGACCUGAGCAACAUCAAAUCGACGACGCGGUUCAACGACCUGCAGGAGUCGCUGCAGAAGGAGAUCGCGCAGAUCGACGAGGCGAUCCAGCGGUGCAUCAAGGACAAGGACGCGGUGGACGCGUUCCUGCCGUCGCACGGGGACCAGCUGGCGGCGAUCCCGACCGACGUCAGCUUCGUGACGCGCAAGUCCGAGGGCGCGCACAACGCGCUGUCGAGCGACAUCCGCGCCAUCGACCAGCUGCGCGAGCUCGUCAAGACCGACGCCGGCCACGCCCGCCUCUCCUUCAAGGCCAUCGACAACCUCAAGCUGCCCACCCAGUACCACCAGGCGGGGCUGUGGGCGAACCGCGGCCAGCAGGUCGGUGGUGCGGCGGGGGGUGGCCAGGGCGGUGCGGCUGAUGCUCAGACCAACACCGAUCUUAUCAGCUUCUUCUCGGCCACGGCGGGCGAGAUGGAUGAUAUGAUGAAGAAGUUUGAGCGGAACCUGGGCGAGAUCGAGGUGCACUUGCACGGGGUGCAGGGGAAUAUGCUGGAGCAGAUGCAGAGGGUGGCCGCCCAGUCCAAGAGCACCACCCCCGGCGGCGUCGAUCAGAGGGUGGUCGAGCUGGCGGCUGUGCUGCGCGAUUUCGAGGAGAGCAUCCUCAAGGUUGCUGGUGUGGUCGGCGGUGUCAAGGAGGGGGUUACGGAGCUCCAGUUAAAGGAUUUUAUGGGCCAUGGCAGCUAAUCGGGGCGGUAUAGACGGAGUGGAAAUGCAUCGGAUACCUGUAUAGUAUUGUAGCGGGCGAGCGCGGGAGUAGAUG